CUCUCUUUCCGGUGGCGGAGUCUAGGGAAGACGGGCAGGUAACAGGCCUCAGCGGGUUCAAUCGAGUGGCAUCCUUAGGCAAGGAGACCACUCGGGGUCCGGGUCGCAGGCCUGAGGUGUUUCCACGGGAGCCGAGUCAGGGGAGAGGGGCGCAGCCGGCCGACCCCAGAGUCAGGGGCGCGCCUGGUCUCGGAAGGCGGCGGUCUUGCCUCAAAGAGGGGCUUGGGAAGUGGGGAAAUGGCACCUCGCAAGGGGAAAGAAAAGAAGGAAGAACAGGUCAUCAGCCUUGGACCUCAGGUCGCUGAAGGAGAAAAUGUGUUUGGUGUGUGCCACAUCUUUGCAUCCUUCAAUGACACUUUUGUCCAUGUCACCGAUCUUUCUGGCAAAGAAACCAUUUGCCGUGUGACUGGUGGGAUGAAGGUGAAGGCUGACCGAGAUGAAUCCUCUCCCUACGCUGCCAUGUUGGCUGCCCAGGAUGUAGCCCAGAGGUGCAAGGAGCUGGGCAUCACUGCUCUCCACAUCAAACUCCGGGCCACAGGAGGAAAUAGAACCAAGACCCCUGGACCUGGGGCCCAGUCAGCCCUCAGAGCCCUUGCCCGCUCAGGAAUGAAGAUUGGGCGGAUUGAGGAUGUCACCCCCAUCCCCUCCGAUAGCACUCGCAGGAAGGGGGGUCGCCGUGGUCGCCGUCUGUGAACAGGAUUCCUCAAAUUAUUGAUUUCUGUUAAUAAAUUGCCUUUGUGUAAGCCA